AUGACAUCCAGCACAAGAACACUGGUGAAUGCUGCUGCAGGAGGCUCCCUAAAAAUAAAAACUCCUGAGGAAGCACUUGAACUGUUGGAAUCAUUAGCAUCUCAAGAAUUUGACAAUGCUCCAGCCCCAGUUGCACCAAGAAGAUCAGGAAUCAUAAAGCUUGAAGGAAGGAAUCAAUAUGGUAAUCAAGGGUGGAAGAAUAAUAAUCAACACCUUGGGUUGAGUUACAAGUCAAACUACCAGUUGAAUCCUCCUAUGCCAUUGCAACAACAACCUCAAGGCACCACAUCAGAGUGGGAGAAGGCUUUUGCGCAGCUGUCCAAGACCACAUCCGACUUCAUUCAAAAUGCAGAUUCCUUCAGAGAUGAAACAAGAGCUUCGUUUCGGAAUCAAGAAGCUUCGAUCCGAAACUUGGAGACUCAAAUUGGUCAGCUGUCAAGACAGUUCACUGAAAGAACUCAGGGUGCUUUGCCAAGCAACACAAUUGUCAAUCCAAGGGAGCAUUGCAAUGCUAUCACCACUAGGAGUGGGACAGUGAUUCAACCUGUGGAAAAGCCACCAGUUGAAAAGACGAAAGAAGCUGAACCUAAAGUUGAGAAAGAGAAUGAAGAAGAUGCAGUAGAAGCUGAAAAAUGCAUUCCAGAGAAGAAACUGUUCAAAUGGGAGAAAAAGAAAGCUUUGGACAGGAAACCAAAAGCGGCAGACUCGUCUCCAUAUGCAAAAGUUCCAUACCCUCGGCGGUUUAAACAAGAGGUCCAGAAACAACAAUACACCAAAUUUCUGGACAUCUUCAAGAAGCUGCAGAUCAACAUUCCUUUUGCCAAAGCUUUUGAGAAAGUGCCCAACUACGCAAGGUUCAUGAAGGAUCUAUUAUCAAGGAAGCGUAAGUUGCGGGAAUGUGAGACAAUAAAUCUGACGGAGGAAUGUAAUGCUAUCAGUAAAAAGAAGUUACCUACCAAAGUCAAGGAUCCAGGGAGCUUCAGCAUUCCAUGCAUUAUAGGAAAGAUGGAAGUAGACAAUAAGCUGGGGAUUACUGAAGUGAAGCCCACAAAUACGAUAGUGCAACUGGCUGACCGCUCUUCAAAGCAAGCUUAUAGCAUCAUUGAAGACAUAUUGGUUAAGGUAGACAAAUUCAUCAUUCCUGUCGAUUUUUUCAUCCUUGACAUUGAAGAAGAUGCCUGCAUACCUAUGAUUUUUGGAAGACCCUUCUUGGCAACUUCAGGAGCACUAAUUGAUGUGCUAAAAGGCGAGCUGAUAUUACGGGUAGACGGAGAGCAAGUAACUUUCAAGUUCUUUGACAAAGAAGUCCCCUUAUCUAUAGCUCAACCGGAAGAUCAAGUCUACUACAUUGGUGAAAAGAAAGGUGAAGAAGAACACAAUGAGGAGUCUUCUCGAGAAAGUAAGCCAAAAGUUAAGAUGGAGAAACCUAGUAGCGAAGGAAAACAUGUAAAAGUUAAGUUCAAAGUUCCUGAGACUACUUUACCUCAUCCAUAUACAGACGAGCACUAUGGGAAAACAUAA